AACGAGGCCACGCCCCCCCCGCUGGGCCACGCCUCCUCGGCGCGCGCGACGAGCGGGAGCCGGGGGCGGUGAGGUGGCCCCGGUGCCCCGAGGAGAUGGCCGAGGACCGAGAUGUUCGAUUUGUCACCGAGGAGAGCUUCGACUUCGGCGUGCUGUCCCCAUCUGACAGCCAGGAGGAAGAGGAGGAUGAGGAGAGCCCGGGCGGGGGGUGCCGGCACGGGGGCGGCAACGGGCGCUGGAGUCCCCUGCGCGGGGCCCGUCUGGAAGAGAUGGUGCGGGAGGCCACACGCCUGGCAGCACAGCUGGAGGGGUGCCACCUGCCCCCUCCCGCCCCCGGAGACCCCCCGGGACCCGGCGCCACGCCCCCCGGCACCCCCCGCAGCCCCCGCCGCCAGACCUUCGUGGUGAAGGACAGCCCGGUGCGGGCGCUCCUGCCCACCGUGGAGUCGCGGGGACCUGCCCCCAGCCCCUGCCCCCCCGCCAAGCCCCGGGGUGCCUCUGCUGCCACCAGUGUCCCCAAGGUACCCCCCAGCCGUCACUCCACAGCAGCGCCGAAGGGACCCUCUGGGGGCAGGGGGCUCCCUCCCAGCCGUGUGGGCCACCCCCGGCCGUGCCCUCCCCAGGGGCAGGGGGCUGGUGCCCGGGGCAGGUCGGAGCCCCCCCGGGACGGUACAGCAGGGCAGCCUAGGGCAAGGGGGGGCACAGUCCCCUGCCCCCUGCCCACCCGCCAGCCCCACGGCAGAGCCACCACCACCCCUGUCCCCUCUGGCUGUUCCCCGGCGCCCACUGCCCUGCCCAGGGUGUCUUCCCGGACUCCAGCAGUGGGUGGGAGGACCCCCACCCCCAGAGGCGCGGGGGUGGCACGGGCAUCCCCCCCAACUGCUGCCACGGGGUGCAAACCAGGAUCCCCCCCCGCCCGCCUGCGGCCUCCCCGCAAGACGGCGGUGAGCAGCACCCCGAGGUGACACCCCAAACCACCCCACACCCACCCAGAGGCUCUGGGGCCACCCGGACCCCCCCUUCCUGGGAGAUCUCACGCAAGAUGGGGGUGGGGGGGGGUGCAGGGGAGAGCCCGGCUCCCCCUGGGGACCAGCCAGGGUUGGGGGCAGGGGCAGAGCCAAGGCCACCCCAGGGAUGAGCUCAGGCAUCCACUGGGUUUUGGAAGGGGGCAGGUGGUGCCAGGGGCCCCCAGGGACCAGCCAAGGCACCUGUUGGGUUUUCAGGGUGGGGGCCAGACCUGGAACCCU